AUGAGACAGAUGAAGGGGUGGCAGUAUAGUCUUGAGGAUCUGGAUGACGAGGGAUCCAGAGUUGAGGAUACGAUAGGACCAAGGACCACGAGAAAUACUCGUGGCCGGGGAAGGAGAUCACAAAGAGGCGAGUCUCGAAUAAUACUUCGAAGGGAGAUGGAUAAUAUGGAGGUGAAAGCCGGAGAUAUUUUGUUGAUUGAAGACAAAGAUGAAGAUCGAGAAGAUGACGACAACGAGCAACCUUCCAUAGGACUAGUGAAAGAUAUCAUUUUCGGCACAGACAGUUUUCUUGAAGUUAGAGUAUUUUGGUUUUAUAGAAUGUCUGAGAUCGAUUCAAGCGUUCUACCAGGAGGAGAGGAGAGAUUCACAAAGAACGAUGUAUUUCUGUCACCUGUUGUUGAUAGGAUAAUGUUGGGGACAAUAUUAGACAGCUGUGCAGUGAUAUCGGAGAAAAGUCUUGCGACAAUAGUGAUAGACGAGUCUACUACAGACACUACAUUUGUGUGCCGACGAUUUUGUGACAGCGAUGGAGAAUACUUUACUGAAGCAUUUGAUUGGGACGAGAUGUAUCAAAGAUUCAAGGAGAAUAGUGAUGAUUUCUAUCAACUCGUCAAGAAUUUGACGGUGAAACCUACGAUGAAGCAAUUCACCAAGACCUUACAGCAGAAAGGGAUUGAUCCCAGAUCGAUAAAGAACGAGGAGAAAAAGCUCAAGCAAAAGCAAAGACAACAGACCCGAAAGAAAAAGGCUAACUACACUGAGAGCGAAGAUGAUGAGUAUGACGACGACGAUGAAUUUUAUAUAUACGAUUUGGAUGCAGAAGAGGAUGAUGCCUUUGACGAGACCGAGGAAGGUGAUGACGAUGACUUUUUGUACAGCUCAAAACCUGCUAAAGGUCGCAAGAAGGGCCGACCGAGAAGAAAAGCCAGGUCAUCGCGCCGUGGAAAGCGAAGUGACCGUCUCCCAAAGCUCCCAUCUGUUGCUAGAAGACUGGAUAUUAACGAAGAUGGAAGGGUUCUCGAUAUUGAUGCCAUAUUUAGUGACGAGGACAGCAGAGAAGUAGACAUAUCUAGUACAAAGACGUCCAAAGCAUUUCGCAGGGCCAAAAAAGUGCUUCAUACAUCGGCAAAGAUUCAUUCUUUACCUUGUAGAGAGGAUGAAUUCCAUCAGUUGUUUUUCAGCUUGGAGAGUGCCGUUCAGUCACAGGUCGGAAGAUGCAUUUACGUCAGUGGUACUCCGGGUGUUGGAAAGACAGCCACUAUUCGUGAAGUCAUUAAACAACUAUCCGCUUCUUUUAUCGCUGAGACUCAUCAUAAAAUGUUCAGCUAUGUGGAGAUCAAUGGACUAAAGGUGGUCUCACCGCAGGCAUCCUAUGAGGCGUUAUGGGAGAAAGUGAGUGGUAAAAGGGCCACUGCCUCAAACUCUUUAACACAGCUAGAAGAGUACUUUAAUAAGGACGAUACGAAGCGUAAGCCGUUGGUGGUUUUACUAGAUGAAAUGGACCAAAUUGUCACCAAGAACCAGAGCGUCAUGUACAAUUUCUUCAACUGGCCAUCAUAUCCUCAUUCAAAACUUAUAGUAAUAGCUGUGGCUAAUACUAUGGAUCUUCCCGAGAGAAUGCUCACUAAUAAGAUUUCUUCCCGUCUCGGUCUAACGAGAAUUCAGUUCUCCAGUUAUACUUAUACUCAAUUAAGUGAGAUCAUAAAGAGUCGAUUAGAAAAAUUGGGCCGACUGAAUGAGGAGAGAAUGGUGAUUUCCAACGAUGCAAUUGCCUUUGCUUCGAGGAAAGUAGCUUCUGUGUCGGGAGAUGCGAGGAGGGCUCUUAUGAUUUGUAUACGAGCCGUGGAGAUUGCAGAGAUGGAAUUUCUGGCCAAGCCAAUAGAGGAGAGAAAUAAGUUGGACAGUAGGUAUACUGUAACUAUUAUGCAUAUUAUGAAGGCUGUCAAUGAAACGGCAUCUUCGCCGAUUGCAAACUACUUGAAUUCACUUCCAUUCAUGUCGAAGAUGCUUUUGGCGGCCGUUCUACUUCGGACGAAACGAACAGGUGUUGCUGAAGUGACAGUUGGGGAUGUGAUUGAUGAGCUGAACAACCAGUUCCAUGUGGUACUUUUCACGGAGCUUAAUCGGAGAUUGAGCGAGGAACAACUAGAAAUGGCCCGAGUCUUGUAUGAGUCCAAUAAUCGGUCUCAGUUGAGACCUACGGGUAUCAUAUUUAUUCUGAAGGACCUAGAAGAGAAUGGAAUCUUGAUAGUGCAGCAUUUGAAGUUGGAACGGAGUCGAUUGUUAAGGUUGAACGUUAGUCAAGCUGAAAUCCUCAGCAGCUUCAAAAAAGAUUCUCUUUUGAAGGAAAUGGUACAAUCUACAUAA